AGCAAGACGGACGGUAAAGGAAACGGACAAUAACAAUCUUUUGGAGGUGGGGCGCUGUGUGUCUAGUGCAGAAGAGGGACGGGUGAAAUCAAUUCAAGGCAACAUCAAGAAACUGCAGUAAAAUUCCGCGACGAACUGACGGAGAGAGGGGCGAGACGGAUAAAUGUCUGACCCACCAGCUCCUGACAAAAAGGACGAAGAGGCCACAAUCGCAGAGCCUGAGGAGGACCAAUCAGGGGACAGCAGCGACGAGGGCGGGGCCACUGGAGACACUGAGAUGGAGUUCCUGAGGAAUCUGUUUUCGCAGACUCUGGGUCUCGGUUCCGGUUCUAGGGAGAAGGUUCUGGAUGAGCUGAGCUUGGAGGGGGUGGCCCGAUACAUCCAGAGCGGCAACUGUAAAAACGUUAUCUGCAUGGUGGGAGCAGGAAUAUCGACGUCGGCUGGCAUUCCAGAUUUCCGCUCUCCUGAUACGGGGCUGUAUGCCAACCUGCAGAAGUACAACUUGCCCUACCCUGAGGCCAUCUUUCAGAUCGACUACUUCAAGAAACACCCAGAGCCUUUCUUUGCCCUGGCCAGAGAGCUGUACCCCGGGCAGUUCAAGCCCACAGUGUGUCAUUACUUCAUCCGGAUGCUGAAGGACAAGGGGCUGCUGAGGCGUUGCUACUCCCAGAACAUUGAUACACUGGAGCGGGUGGCAGGGCUACAGGGAGAUGACCUGGUUGAAGCCCAUGGCACGUUCUACACCUCCCACUGUGUCAGCUUCCUCUGCCGGAAAGAGUACACCCUGGACUGGAUGAAAGAGAAGAUCUUUGCAGAUGAGAUCCCAAAGUGUGACAAGUGCAGCAGCCUUGUGAAGCCUGACAUUGUGUUCUUCGGGGAGAACCUCCCAGCUCGAUUCUUCACUUCGUUGCAGAUGGAUUUCCCUCGCUGUGAUCUCCUCAUCAUCAUGGGCACCUCCCUGCAGGUCCAGCCAUUUGCUUCACUAGUCGGCAAGGUCUCUGCUAGAACCCCACGGCUUCUGAUAAACAAAGAGAAGACAGGACAGUCAGACUCUCUGAUGGGAUUCCUGGGCUUUGGUGGAGGAAUGGACUUUGAUUCAGAGAAAGCAUACAGGGAUGUGGCGUAUCUGGGGACCUGCGAUGAUGGCUGUCUUGCUCUCGCGGACCUGCUGGGCUGGAAGACCGAGUUGGAGGAGCUGGUGAAGCAGGAGCACACUUUAAUUGACAGCAAGGACAAGCGGGAGAAGGCCAGCGCAGCCAAUCAGAACUCUGGGGCGGGGCAAAAGGCAGGCCUGGGGGUGGAGCCCAGGGAGAGUGACAAACCUGAGCAGCCAAUGGGAGAAGGCAGCUCAAAGCAGGACUGAUCGUUGCCCAGUCAGUGAGGGUUUCCUGUUAGAAAACUCAACAACCUGGGCAUCCGUCCCUCAAGUCUCUCUCUCUCACCUUUAUCCAGUACUAUUUACUGUCCUCACUCGUUUUCUACUCUGUCUGGUCUCGGUUCAUAUAUCUCUUGUUUCCUCUGUUUCUAACUCCCCUCCUCUUCCUCUGCCCGCCUCUCUGCAGACGGGCAUAAUCAGGCGUGGAGACCGACAGGUAGAGACAGGCAGGCCCUCUUGUCAGAACUCGUUUUUUGAGUGCUUGUCCAGGCAACCUGGCUGCAAAAACAUAUGUAAAAAAAUCCUAUAUGUAGUGCAACUUGUAAUUAAUCUUUUUAUUAUUAUUCCUGCUUUUAUUAUUUAUACUUGUGCACAAGGCGCAUUGUGCUUUGUAGCUAUACAAUGCAGUUCUAUCAUAUCGCCUGUAGAGGGGGGACACAGUCUAUUAAAAUCUGGUUUGUGUUUAAGUUGGACUAGUAUUGAAACAAAUACUAAUAAACUGAUAAAUGAGGAAUCA